AUGGAAGGAUCAGAGGUUUUGCAACAAUCUACUAAAAGGAAAGGGCGACUGACCAGAGUCCUGGCCUUUGCUAUUCUCGUGUCGACAUUUGGAUCUUCCUUCCAGUAUGGUUAUAACGUUGCAGUUAUCAAUUCUCCAGCUACGUACAUGCAACAGUUUUACAACCAGUCUUACUUUGAUCGAUACGGGACAUACUUGGAUAAUAGUUUUCAAACUGUGUUGUGGUCUCUCACUGUCUCCAUGUAUCCACUUGGAGGGUUUUUUGGAUCCCUUAUGGUUGCCCCACUGGUAAAUAAAUUGGGCAGAAAGGGCACUUUGUUAUUCAACAAUAUAUUUUCCAUUGUGCCAGCGAUACUGAUGGGAACAAGUAAAGCAGCAAAGUCUUUUGAAAUAAUAAUAUUUGCGAGAAUUAUGAUUGGAAUCUGUGCAGGUCUGUCCUCCAAUGUGGUCCCUAUGUACUUGGGCGAGCUUUCACCAAAGAACCUUCGAGGUGCCAUCGGUGUGAUGCCCCAGCUCUUCAUUACAGUUGGCAUCCUGAUUGCUCAGAUAUUUGGAAUAAGAAGCAUUCUCGCUAAUGAGAAAGGCUGGCCAUUACUUCUGUCACUCACUGGAUUCCCUGCCAUUGUGGAGCUCAUUCUAUUGCCUUUUUUCCCUGAAAGUCCAAGAUUCAUGUUGAUCCAAAAAGGAAAUCUAACUGGAGCAAGAGCAGCUUUGAGACGGAUAAGAGGCUGGGAUGACGUGGAUGAUGAAAUAGAAGAAAUGCGUUUGGAGGAUCAGUCAGAGAAAGCUGAAGGCCACAUGUCAGUACUGAACCUCUUCUCGUUCAGGUCAUUGCGAUGGCAACUGGUAUCCAUCAUUGUUCUCAAUAUGGGGCAGCAGCUGUCUGGAGUUAAUGCAAUUUAUUAUUAUGCUGACAGCAUAUAUCAAUCAGCAAAGGUGAAAGAAAGUGACAUUCAGUAUGUCACCGUUGGAACAGGAGCUGUUAAUGUGUUCAUGACCAUAGCAGCAAUUUCUAUAGUAGAAGCAUUGGGACGAAAGAUGCUUCUCCUGGUUGGAUUUGCGAUUUGCUGCAUUUCAUGUGCAGUGUUAACCAUGAGUCUAAACCUUCAGGAUAAUGUUGAUGGAAUGCCUUAUUUAAGCAUAGCCUGCAUAAUCAUUUAUGUUAUUGGGCACGCAAUUGGACCCAGCCCUAUCCCAUAUGUGAUAACAACAGAAAUGUUUCGUCAGUCUUCCAGGCCAGCUGCUUUCAUGGUGGCAGGGUCAGUGCAUUGGUUAUCCAACUUCGUUGUUGGUCUUGUUUUUCCAUUUUUAGAGGAAGGGCUCAAUGAAUAUAGUUUCAUCAUCUUUGGAGGCAUCUGCCUGGCAACGUUUGCCUACAUCUUUAUCAUCAUUCCCGAAACAAAAAACAAAACAUUCCUGGAAAUCAGCCAAAUGUUUGCAAAGAGGAACAAAGUUGAAAUUAAAUUGGAAUCAGAGCACCUUGAAUUGCACGAGACGAACACAGAUGAACACAAGGAAGUGAAGAGCACAGCAAUGUAGCCAGUUUCAAGAUGUCCUUUGGGUGAGGAACGGUACAAACAACCAGUACAAGAGCUUGUCUCUAUCAAGUUUGUCUUGC